CAUCAUUCGAUCGCUUUCGUUUUCAAAAUGGCGGUCACUUGAAUGUUUUAUGUUCGGACCAUGUUGAUGGGUUUCAGACCCUGAAAUAAAGCAAACAAUGGAGGUUGGUCUACGUGUUGUUCGUGGUCCCGACUGGAUGUGGGGUGAUCAGGACGGAGGUGAGGGAAAUGUGGGGACAGUCGUCCAUCUUGGUGGCGAUGGAAACUUUCCUGAAGACACUGUUUUGGUGUACUGGGAUUCUGGAAGACACGCGAACUAUAGGGCAGGAUAUUCUGGAAAGUAUGAUCUACGAAUCUUCGACAGCGCUCAAACAGGUUUAAAGCACAUGAGCGUCAUUUGUGAUGGUUGCAGGCAAGAUCCCCUCAUUGGAAUACGAUACAAAUGUGCUGACUGUCCAAACUAUGAUUUGUGUUCGACGUGUUUCACGAAUGAUGUUCAUGAUAUGCAGCAUGAUUUUUUGCGAUUUGAUCAAGUUUCUCGACAAGAUGGAAUACCUGUUGGUAGGCGUGCAGGUGCUGUUAAGGUACAAUCCAAGGGAUUUUUCCCUGGAGCCAAAGUUGCUCGCGGAAGAGACUGGAAAUGGGCUGAUCAAGAUGGUGGCACUGGUAGGAUUGGCACUUUGACAGAGAUCACUGCUUGGAGUAAUGUGGAGAGGGCAGGAGCGAAGGUUAUCUGGAAUAUACUUAGAAACAACACAUACCGAGCAGGAUACCAAGGAUUGGUCGAUCUCAAAUGUACAACUCCUGGAAAUGGGCCAUAUUACUAUCGUGAUUGCCUGGGUAGAGUUGGUGAUAAACGGCUGCAGAGAAACAAAAGUCGAUUGAGGAUUGGUGACAGAGUUAUCGUGAACCUGGAUGUGGAGGUACUUAAAGCAAUGUCCCAGGGACAUGGUGGCUGGGUUGAUAGCAUGGGACAGUGUGUUGGUAAGGUGGGAAAAAUACAUAAAAUAGACGAUGACGGUGAUGUUCACAUCAUGUAUGGGCUCCAGUCAUGGGUAUUCCAUCCAGAUGCAGUCACUAAGUUACCGACUUUCCAGGCUGGAGAUAAAGUGAGAGUAUUAAGAAACAAGCAAGAAGUUCAAAAUUUACAGCAAGGACACGGUGGCUGGAAUGAGUCAAUGACGGCGGCUUUGGGUAAAGAAGGGAAGAUUCUAGAGGUGGACAGCGAUGGUGAUGUUGUGGUUAUGGUAGCUACGGACCUUUGGCUGUUCAACCCAGCAGCAAUGGAAGAUCUAACGGGAGGCGAGGCUACUUCGCGACAGGGUGAAGUUCCAACUGGAUCUCCAGCAGACAAGCUAACGGAGCUACAAGGCCUUCUUAAGAUGAUGUUGGUAGAGGCGGCCAAGAAAGGAGGAAGUGAUCCUGGGGACAGAUUAGUGAACGCAUCUUCAACUGGAAACCUACAAGAAGUCCGCGAACUCCUGGAAGCAAAUCCCGGAAAGAUUAAUCACAAGAGAGCGGGCAAAACCGCUCUUCAUGUAGCCUGUCAUCAAGGUCGCACCGAAAUUGUUAAGUUUCUCGUAAACAAAGGCGCUGACAAGGAUGUUAAGGACGAACAGGAUUACUCGGCGUUGCAUCAUGCGGCUUACGGCGAUAAAAGUGGCCAGACUGUGAUCACCAUGUUGAACACUGGAACAAACGUCAAUGUGAGUGAUAACAAAAACAAAAGCACGCCGCUACAUUUGGCUGUCAAUCAAGGAAACGACGCUGGUGUUAAGGCUUUGUUGUCAUCGCGACAUUGCGACGUCAACUGUCAGGAUUUGGCCGGUGAUACUCCUUUACACGAUUCUAUCUCCAAAGAAAAGAAUGGAAUUAUGGAUCUCAUUUUAAAUAACCAAAGGCUGGAUAUCACUGUUUCAAAUGGCAGAGGGUUCAACCCACUUCAUCAAGCUUGCAUGAAAGGAAAUAAAUAUGCUGUUGAAAAAAUCGCGAGCAAAUUUCCUGGCCUCAUUGAGAUUCCAAAAGAAGACGGAUUUACUGCCUUACAUUUAGCUGCCUUCAAUAACCACACAGAAAUCGCAAGGGUUCUGCUGUUGUCGGGCCACUGUGACAUCAAUCUGCGCAACAGAAAGAAACAGACGGCCUUGUCUCUGGCUGUUUCUGAAGCGUACACCAGCAUGAUAGAACUACUGAUUGAACAUGGCGCUGAUGUGAAUGCUGCAGACGAAGAUGGGGACACUCCCCUGCACUUGACCAUUAUUCAUCAAGCUGUCGGCAGUAGUGGCUUAAGAGGGCUCUUGCAAGGACUCGGGGUCGAUGUCCCAGCUGGCGACACAGACCAUCACACUGGGUCCGCUAUCGCUGUAUACUUAGCUCUACAUGGGGCUGAUAUUAACUUUUAUAACAACGAAGGAAAAACCCCACUGGACAUGUGCCAAGACCCACAAACUGUCAACCUUCUUAAACAGUUUGCGAGGACUGCUCCGAGUAGGCGAAGAGCCACUUCGCGUCCAGCCACAUUCACUCAACCUCGACCACAGUUUUUGCAUUCAAAAUCGGGACCCCCACCCGCAUCUACCGGUGCGCCUGACCCUGCCCCAGUCGCUUUACCAAGGUCAUCAUCAUCAGGGCCAUCAUUGGGGGCAACAAGAUCUGCACCAAGCCAGAAGAAAAUGCAAGAUAGUUUAGAUCAAGCCGAUGUGAACCGAGCCAGUGCCGCCGGAGCAGAUUGUAUCAUCUGUUGUGAAAACACUGCUACUGUCACCUUCAGGCCAUGCGGUCACAAGAUAACUUGCUCAAGUUGUUCUCUCAAAGCAAAGCGUUGCCUUUCGUGCAAUAAGGAAAUUCAGCAGAAAAUUGCUUUGAUACUUUGAGCAAUAUUUAAUUAAAAGUGAACACUUAAUUGUUUAUAGCAGUGUGUUUUGCCCCAAUGUGAAGUUAUCUUUUCUGUUGACUUGCCUUGCAGGUUGUUCUCUCAAAGCAAAGCGUUGCCUUUCGUGCAAUAAGGAAAUUCAGCAGAAAAUUGCAGCAGAAGGCGCGCCAAUCAAUGCACCAACCCUGAUGGACUCGACGGACUACCAGGAUCGAGUGCGUUCUCUUGAAAAUCAAGUGCGUGUUUUGCAAGACGACAGACAAUGCCAGAUAUGCAUGGAGAGAGAUAAAAAUAUGGUGUUUUUGUGUGGACACGGGGCUUGUAAGGAGUGCUCUGAGAGACUUAAAGAUUGUCAUAUUUGCAGACUCACUAUUCAGAAUAGAAUACAAAUUUACUGAGCCUAAGUGUUCCAAAUUAUCACUCAAUACUUGGAAUCUGCCGUUCAUGCAAGUAGUUAGGAUAGUGUAGAAAUCUGAAUAUUAGUUGAGUUAACAGAAGCUGAAGCCCAAGAUACGUAAGGCAACUGCGUGGUCGGUAGAGAAUCUCAAUAAGGUGAUGGCUUUUACGGCUAAUGGUCAAGAUUUGCUAUUAUACGUCUAACAUUUAAUUCUUUUUCGUAGCAGUUAAAAAGAAACUUUUUUACAGUCAACUAUUUAUAUUUUAUGACUAACGGCUAAUUUCUUUGUUUACCCCAUUGAAACCCCUUUCAUAUAAAAGUACUUCAACGACAGUAACCUCGAACUUGAACUUAAAUAAGCAUUUUUUCUCCCGGAGAAAGUCUUAUUCUGCAAUUGCUUUUCUCCUCCAAUCCAAAGUUUCGUGGUUCUCUAUCUGAGCAACGACUUCGUCGAGAAACUCGUAGUUUACCUUGAUCCUGAAAUGAGACUGCAAUCUGUAACGUGAGCUUUUUCGUUUUAUUAUCUUCUUAAAUCUACAGCUUCUAUUAUACCGAGUGAAGAUUGUUCUAUUUUUCACGUUCCCCUUUUAUUUUUACUAGAAUUACUCUACAUGCGCUUAAAACAUCGCUUAGUUUCUUGUACAGGCUAUGAUUAUUUGAUAGAAACUUUGCUAACCUUUGCACAUACCCAGGGCCACUGCGGUUUUACAUAGUGCGCUUUGAUUUGUGGGAUUCAUUUUCACGUCCUCUCUAUUAAUCAGGGGAAUAUACUCAUGUAUUUUUCAGAAGCGUAGGAUAACGGAGACAUAGACCACACCUACGGUCACUUAUAAAAGGGCGUGCCAUAAAGGUGCCUAUACAUUUAGUGUUGUAAAACCAAAACUUAAGUGAACACAACGUCCAAUCACAACGGCGGAAAAAAAGCUACGAGGAGCUCGUGAUAUUUCAAAGUAAUUAAUAGGAUGCUGGCGACCAAGUCGCGAUUGUUUUUAGUUUUGAAUUUGGUUGGCGAAUUGUAGAGCGCAGUGAAGCAAAACCAACUCAAUCUUGUAUUUGAGCAGUUUUCAGUUGAGUCACGAGAACCAAAACGGAAGGAUUUACAACGGUCAAUCGGAGCGAAGGUUGACAUCAUCAAUAGCCGAUGAAAACUCAAAGUAAAAACAGGCAAAACGCGGGAAAACAUGGGCGACCAAAUCAUGAUUGGUUUUUAGUUUGGAAUCUGAUUGAUCUGAUGGGCGGCGUGAGCUUUCUAGUGCAAUUUCAGAGAGAAGUUAUGCAAAACUAAAACAAUCAUGAAUUACUUUGCACACUCUGUUGAAAACUGCUCUACUUUUGACACUCAAUGAAACUUUAAUUUAAUUACAUUAACUCGUGUUGAGACAUUCAUCUUCCCUAGGAAGUUAUGUAAUUAAUACUCAGAUUGUAGGUGCACUAAGUAAGUCAUCGAUACAAGGAAUUUGGUGAAAUUACGCAAGUUUAGUUUACAAAUUUAAUAAGCAAAUGUAGAAUAAUAAAUACCGGAGGCAUCUUGUUUAAAAUUUC